AUGCUACCAAAAAACGAGGUUAUGUUACACCGUGCAGGAAAUAUCCUUAGUAUGAAUAUGAGGAUGUUAGUAGUACUCCUUAUGGUAACAGUGCAUGUAGAGCACGCAUUGCUGGAAAAGAGCUCGUCUAAAUCAUGCAAUUCACACGAAUUUCAAUGUGAUAAUGGUGCAUGCAUACCGGCGACAGGGCAUUGUAACGAUAUUCAGGACUGUGCCGAUGGAAGCGAUGAAUCUGGAUGCGAUUAUUACCUCUGUAAAGAACCGUUCUGGUAUCGCUGCAAGCACGACAGUACCUGUAUUAGUGGAUCUAGUCGGUGCGAUAAACAAAGAGACUGUUUGGGAGGAGACGACGAAGAAAACUGUGAUAACUACGAAGUACCACACAGGGCACCGCAGUGCAGUAAAGCGGAGUUUACCUGUACGGAUAAAGCCUGCAUUCCGGCAGAUCUUGUGUGUGACGGUACCGAGCAUUGUUUGGACGGGUCAGAUGAAACCAUUGGCUGUAUCGAUAUAGCGGCAAAGUGCAAAGGAUUCCUUUGCCACAACAAGCACUGCCUGAAGUCUAGCGGGUGGGUAUGUGAUGGCGUUGAUGACUGUGGGGACGGGUCGGAUGAAGAGCACUGCCUGCACGCUUGUACACUGGAGCAUGGGAAAUUCGAGUGCCACAACAAUCACACCUGUAUCGAUGUGGCGCAGGUGUGUAACGGUGCGGACAACUGUGAUGAUGGUAGUGACGAAAGCCCGAACUGUAAAUCGGAUGCAUGCAAAACGCUGAAAUGUGCUCCACAAACCUGUAAGGUUAUGCCGGACGGUAAGGCGGUAUGUUUGUGCGGUGUUGGCUACACGUUCAAUGCCGUAACGGGCAAGUGUCAGGAUGUGAACGAGUGCGAUCGUUAUGGAUUAUGCUCGCAGGGCUGUAUCAAUACACCGGGGUCGUUCCGAUGUACAUGCAUCGAUCAGUUUAAUCUAAUGCGCGACGGGCGAACGUGUGAACUAUCGUCCGGGACCGAAGCGUUGAUGCUGUACACCACGCAGAAAGCUGUCGGCGCAAUGUACCUUACGUCGAUGCAUCAGUAUUACGUUGCGAAAGAUCUAUCACAAGUGAUCGGAGUAUCAUACGACGGCAUGCACGUCUACUGGACCGAUAUCUCCCACAAAACGGAAUCCAUCGAGAGGUCGCUAGAAGAUGGCAGCAGUCGGCAACUGUUGCUCACUGCCGGGCUGAUCUCACCCGAGGAUUUGGCGCUAGAUUGGCUAACCGGUAACAUAUACUUCAGCGACAGCGGACAAAUGCACAUUGCCGUGUGUUCGAGCGAUGGGUACCACUGCAAAGCGAUCAUACAGGACCAGCUGCACAAACCACGUGGUCUCGCAUUAUUGCCUCAAAAUGGUACGAUUUUCUUCAGCGAUUGGGGCAACAAUGCCAUGAUCGGUAAGGCGCGGAUGGAUGGUAGCGAGCAGACGGUCGUGGUCAGUGCCGGUAUCCACUGGCCGAACGGGCUAACGCUCGACUGGCCCAACAAUCGUUUGUACUGGAUUGAUGCGAAGCUGAAGCGCAUCGAGAGCAUGCACUUUGACGGCAGCGAUCGUGUGGUGGUACUGUCCGAUGUGCUAAAGCAUCCGUUUUCGAUCGCCGUGUUUAACGAUCGCUUGUAUUGGUCGGACUGGGACACCAAAAGCAUACAAUCGUGCGAUAAAUUCACCGGCAAGACUCGUCAAACACUUGUGCGCGAUCGUAUGAUAUUCGAUGUACACGUCUAUCACUCUAGCGUGCAGCCUAAAGUCAACCAUGCCUGCCUGAAUAAUACCUGCUCACAUCUCUGUCUGUUAACGUCUAAUACCACCUAUGCGUGUGCGUGCCCGCAGGGUAUGGAGUUGCACCGAGAUAAGCACAGCUGUGUGAAUGUCGCCAAACGGCAAGAUAUAUUACUCGGCAUCGGUAACUAUCUGGUAACGCUGAAGCAUCAUCCAUUCGGGCGCCAUGAAACGGGCCGGGGCGAACAGCUGUUCUCCACCAUUAGUCGGAUGGCGUUCAACAGCCUUAACGGUGAGGUGUUUAUUGCGGACAAUAAGCAGAAGGCCAUCUACACGGUGGAGCUGGCGUCACUGCGCACUAGACGGCUCGUAUCGGACGGCAUCGGAAUGAUCUCAGCACUGGCUUUCGACUACCUAAGCAACACGCUGUACUGGUCGGAUGCCAAAUGGUCGACUAUUGUGAUAUAUAGUUUGCAGACCCAACAUCGAUCUAUCAUUCAGCACUACCUAGGCGACGAUGCACCGGUGGCGCUGGCACUUUUACCGGAGAUUGGCAAAAUGUUUAUUGCGCUGCGAUCAAGUACCGGACAUACGCACAUCGACCGGCAGGAUAUGACGGGACGGGGACCGCACGCGCAUGUGAUCGAGGACAGGCUCGGCAGCAACGGUACGAUCAGCUUUGCGGUGGAUCACGAUCUGCGUGCCAUUUUCUGGAGCGACAUGGGAAGGAAUCGGAUCGAAAUUACCAGCUACGAGGGUGACACGCGGCAUCUGUUCCGUGAGUAUCUGCGCCAACCGGUAUCGCUAGCGAUCAUUGGCAACGAGCUGUUUUGGACGUGCUACGGAUCGCAGCGGUUGUACUGGUCCGAUAAACAUAACGUUGGGGCAACGAAACGAAUAAUCGUCCAGCUACCGCCAAACAUGACCAUCCCCGAAAUCAUACCGAUCGCAGCGACCCAACCGACUAAACGGCACGAUCAUCCGUGCAUGAAGAGCAAUGGUGGAUGCUCACAUAUCUGCGUACCCGGCGGGCUGUACACUAGUGCGUGCGUUUGUCCCACCGGCAUGGUGUUCAAUUCGUCACUCAACAAACACUGUAUCGAUGCCGCGGACUGCGAAUUUCGGUGCGAAUCCGGUGAAUGUUUGAAGUUGAAAAUGCGCUGCAACGGACAUGUCGAUUGUAAGGAUCAAUCCGAUGAGCAGAAUUGUGAUCCCGGCAAGGCACGAAUGUCGGCCAACUGCAGGUGGAACGAGUUCCGCUGCACAGACGGUAGCAAAUGCAUCCCGAUGGAAAAACGCUGCGAUAAGCAGCACGACUGUGCCGAUUUAUCAGAUGAAGCGGAUUGCGACGGUUACGAUCGGUACGCGAAUUGUAGCGAGUAUCAGUUUACCUGCGCGAAUGGAUUCUGCAUCGAUGCUACUGGCCGGUGUGACGGCACACUAGACUGUGCGGACGGUUCUGACGAAGUGGGCUGUACGCAGCUGGCGAACAAGCACGACCAGGCAAUCAUUUGUCCGACGGAUAUGUUCCGUUGCAACGAUGGGCAGUGUAUCCCUGCUAGCUGGGAGUGCGACGGUAGUCCGGAUUGUCACGAUGCUUCCGACGAGCAUGAAACCUGCCAUCCCGCCAAGGUAGAGUGCCACGAGGGUUACUUUCGGUGUGCGCUUGGUUUUUGUAUCAAACAGUCCGUACUUUGCGAUGGGAACGAUGACUGUGGUGAUGGAUCUGAUGAGGAAAACUGCCCCGUGGACGGUGCACGGGAGGGACAGUGUAAGGAGGAAGACUACACCAACUCCACAGUAUUUCAUUGUAGCAAGUCCAACACUUGUCUCGAUAUCGCCGUACGCUGCAAUGGUUCUGCUGAGUGUCCGCACGGUGAAGAUGAGACAGGCUGUUCCAAUUGCGGUAUACGAGAUUUCCAGUGUGAUGAUGGUCAGUGCAUCCGUUUGGAAUGGCGGUGUGAUAAAGACAUCGACUGUAACGAUGGGUCGGACGAGGUCAACUGUACCAGCAGUAUGCGAACGCCGGAGAACUCACACUCGACCGAUUGCGGUAAAGAUACGUUCGAGUGCAAAGUGGGGGAAUGCAUUAAAAUGGCUCUACUGUGCGACGGUAAGCGCGAUUGCUCGAACGGACACGACGAGGAAGGAAAUUGCCCAUCAGCUUGUCUUGGUGGGCUUGGGCCAUGCGCUCAAAUAUGUCAGAAAUCGCCGAGCGGUUCAAUCUGUGACUGUUUGGAUGGGUACCAGCUGGCGGGCGAUAAGAAAUCCUGCGUAGACUUGAACGAAUGUGAAACAAGAGAGCCUUGCGGGCAGAUAUGCACCAAUGUGAAGGGUUCGUACCGGUGUUCCUGCCACGAAGGAUUUAUGCUACGGCCGGACAAAACAUCCUGCAAAGCGAUUGGCAAGCCACAGUACGUGCUGUACACGAGAUAUGAUCAAAUACGGAAGCUUACGGUGAAUCCACCACUGAUCGAAACUUUACUGCAGGCAAACGAUAGUCGAAUCAUCACCAUGGAUAUGGACAUCCGGCAACAGAAGCUUUACUUUGCGGCUGAGAAUAGUGCCGCACUGUACGAGAUGAAUCUGCAGACGAACGCAACGAAUGUGAUGACGAGCGUUGGCACACCGGACAAAAUAACCGUCGAUUGGAUUACGGCAAACGUUUACUUCGUCGAUGUCGCGGAACCGUCCAUCAAAGUGUGCAACUUCGAGCGGGCAGCCUGCGCCCGUGUAAUAUCCUUCACGCAGCGUAACUUCGUCAAGGCGCUAGCGGUAGAUCCAGUGAACAAGUGCAUGUUUUACUCGCUGCUUUAUUCAUGGAUUUUCCAGGUACCGCAUUCGAUCGUAUUUAAAGCCAGGCUGGACGGUACGCUGCAGGAAAUCGUUACCAAACAACCGGGACUAAUUUCCGCCGUCGCUGUGGAUCCUCAAAGUCAGUUGCUUUACUACACCGAGCUGAGCGGUAACACGCUGUGUCGUGUCAACUACUUAGGUCAGCAUUUAAAAGUGCUCGUCCGUGAUCAACCACACAUACUGAACCAUCCGCAGCAGCUGAGUGUGUUUGAAAAUCAGGCACUUAUCGUAAAUCAAGCGUCCGCUACCGUAGGACAGUGUCAACUGUUUGCCGGCUAUAGGUGCGAUCGUUUUAAUGUGAACGUUCCGCCAUCGAAACAUGUGUUGCUGGUUCAGGAAUCUCGGCAACCGAUGGCUAAGAAUUGGUGUGCGAAGAACUUGCACAACUGUACCCAUCUCUGCAUACCGGAAGAAGCUAAGGGUAAGUGCGUUUGCGAAAAUGGACUCGAAAUACAAGAAGGUGACAAAUGCCCCGAGGUUAAAGAUACGAUGCGACCGAUGAAACCGUAUCGCGUUGCGCCGCAGGAAGAAUCACGGACAGUGAGCGAAAGUACACCCGGGAAUGAAGAAAACAGCUUUCUGGCUAGCUUAUUACAUUUUAUGAUGUACGCUGUGUUAAUAGUGGGAAUAGGUGCUAUAGGGUUUUACGUUUACAGGCAGCGUUGCAACAAUAAGUUCGAUGUUAGCAUACAUUUCAACAACACCGAACUGAGCACGCUGGACAUUUCAGAGGUCGAACUGUACAAGACAGGAUCAAAUUUACUUACCUUCCAGGCGAAUAGUACUGAGGGUGAUGGUGCCGCCAGCAUUCCGGAUGGUUAUGAAAACGAUAGCUAUACCCAGAACAACACGAUCAGUGCCUCGGAUGUACCGUGCUACUACAAUUGUGGUGAUGAUUUGAACGAACGCUUAAUAGUAUAA